UCGACAGAGCAUAUGUUACUGGAAAGAAUAAACUUCGGGAUCACUUCAUCUGCAGGCUGAUGGCGUGAUCUACUAUGCCCUUAUAACCUUCAGCAAUAUCUUGGGAUACAAAUGCUGUUUAAGCAGGGGGAGCUGUUGAAAAGAAACCCCCACGCCCAAUGACACAAUUUCUCAAAGUCAGGAACUACUCAGUAUAUAGCUUUCCUGCCAUGGAAGAUCUUUCCUCAUUAGCACCGGCUCUCUCCAAUGUCGCCAUCGCGGCGCCCCAAUUGCUCAUCCAUCACCUUUGCGAUGUGCAAGCCGCUGUCUGCACUCCCUCCUCAGGCCGCUUUUUAUCAAAGUCUGGCCCGCACCAAGGCUGUCGGCAAUUCUGAUUUGCUGAUUAGCGGGCCAACGCUUUCUAUACACUGCAAGAUCAACGUUCCUGCGGGAGGAAGUAGUGGUCUUGACCCUGCGGCUAUAUCUCAUUCGCCGCGUUCAUCGCGUGAAAUGCUGGGGCGAUGAUGUGCUGCCUGCCAUGUGGUACCCCAAACGUUUUGCUUAUUUUAAAUAACUGCCCUUUGCCUGGUCUCAAGAUUCUCUAGUCAUUCCUUCAGUGUUGACCCUAACCACGGGUUCUUUCAGUACGGUCAUUCAGUUUACGUCGGCCACCUGAACCAUGGCAGAGUCCAGUAAGGAAGUAGAGAUUACUUCCUCCUCGGAAAAAGCAAACACUGUAUCUCCUGCAGCGAGCACACUUGCUGAUGAACAUAAUGGCAUCAACGAAAAGGCCCUACUACGAAAACUGGAUAUGCGACUCCUUCCACCAUUAACGAUACUGUAUCUCUUGUCAUUUUUAGAUCGUAGCAAUGUUGGCAAUGCCCGCCUUGAAGGCUUGACGACUGAUAUCAACAUGACGGGGAACCAAUACUUAACGGGGUUGACCCUCUACUUCAUUGGUUACGUGCUGUUUGAAAUUCCCUGCAACAUUGUGUUGAAGAGGACCACGCCACGGAUCUGGCUUCCCACGCUCACAUUGGUCUGGGGUAUUGUUGCUACCCUUCUUGGUGUCGUGCAGAACUAUGCCGGUUACUUGGUUUCACGGACAGCCCUUGGCAUUGCAGAAAGUGGACUUUUCCCUGGAGUUGUGUUCUACUUAUCUAUGUGGUACAAGAGGAGUGAGCAGCACUAUCGGGUAGCAUUGUUCUUCAGCGCUGCGUCGCUAGCUGGUGCUUUUGGUGGAGUCCUGGCUUGGGGAAUUGGACAUAUGCGAGGUGUUGGUGGAUAUAACGGAUGGAGGUGGAUCUUCAUCCUGGAAGGGCUGGCAACAGUCGUCAUGUCCGUCAUUGCUUACUUUUGGGUCUAUAACUACCCUUCCACCGCAGAAUUUCUGUCAGAAAAAGAGAGAGCGUUUAUUCAAUUUCGCCUGAAAAAUGACAAUGACUCGAUGCGGGACGAGAAGUUCACCUGGUCCGGGGUUUUAGAUGCAUUCAAAGAUCCGAAGGUCUGGCUAUACGGACUUGGUUUCCAUACAAUGUCCCUUCCAAUGUAUACACUGUCUCUUUUUCUGCCUACGAUUAUCAAAGAGCUAGGGUACACAGCCGCUGAAGCCCAACUUCUCUCCGUUCCCCCCUACGCUGUGGCCACGAUUCUCACGAUUACUGUUGCCGUCCUUUCGGAGCGCACCGGUCGUCGGGCGCCGUUCAUCAUGGGCUCUACUUCAUUCGCUUGUAUCGGUUAUAUUAUCCUACUGACGGACCACCGGCCGGGGGUAUCCUAUGUGGGAACUAUCUUCGCCGCAGCCGGGAUCUAUCCCGCAGUUGCUAUUGUGCUCUCGUGGCCGGCCAACAAUGUGUCUGGACAGACAAAGCGGGCGAUUGCUAACGCAAUGCAGAUUUCAAUUGGGAACCUUGGAGCUGUCCUAGGAACGCAGCUCUAUAGAACUGAGACGAGCCCCCGUUAUUAUCUGGGCCAUGGGUUCGCCUUGGGAUAUCUUGUUGCGAACAUUAUCGUUGUAGGCAUUCUCUGGCAGGUUCUAAGGCGCGAGAAUAUCCGGAAAGCGGAAGUCAGGGAAAGAGAAGGGCUACAAGCGUUAAUGGGUGAUAUUGGAAAUUCAGAAGGUGAAUUCCAAGGAGAUAAGGACCCUCGGUGGAUUUUCCAGACAUAGUACAGCGCAUUGGACCAUGGUUGUUUGCUCAGCUUAGUACCGCAUCGCUCAAGAAUGUCUCUUUUGACUUGGUAAAUGAACAAUCUUGCAAGUAAUAUAGAUUUUGCGACGGUUUAUCUUAGCGUUGAUGCACGUGGCCGAUCCGCGGCAGUUGAGCGGAACCGUCGCCCUCCUUCUUAUCCUUUAGUCUCUUGAACCAGGACAUCGGCUAUAUUUCUCGAUCAAUUUGCAACCGAGCUACUGUGGAGACCCGGCAUGGUCAUGGCUUUUUGAUUUGUUCUACACUGUCCCCUGAAUUAACCGCGUGGUUACCAUCAAGCUAUAUAAAUCGGACUGACCGGCAGCUUUGAGCUACCCUUUCACGAUGUAUUCUCAUUGAACUCAACAGUUAUUCUCCUUGUGACUUCCUACAGAACCAUGGGUAUGACACUUAGGAGCUUGUGGUUGCUGGGUCUGAGCUCUGCGGCCUCAGCCAGGGCGUUCGAACCGUUAGAGCAUUUAGGUGCUAAUUCUCCGUGGUUUGCGGGUAGGCUUG